AUGGCGCGGGCAGACUCUCCUCUCCUCGGCCUUCAGGAUGAGCCCUGCCCACCGCGCGCGGGUGAUAGUCACGCGUCGGGCGCGAUGGACGCGCUGUACAACCCCUCGCGCUACCUUACGACGAAGCACGCGAGCGCAACGCGUCGCGCAGGCUCUGGACACUCGCCAGCGUCGUCGAUAUCCUCCAUCUCGGCCGUCUCAACCGACACGCCUCCGGACUCCGCGCUGCCCUCUCCCCACCCGCUGCGCCAGGGCGCGUCUUCCUCCUCCUCGCAUCUCUCCACGCCUGCCUCACCUGCUGAAGAUGCGACGCCGACGCGUACUCCCGCGCGUAAGAGUCUGCAGACCUAUAACCUGCCGCUCCCGAAGGUGGACACGCGAAGCCCCAACCUGCCCUACAACAGCAGGAUAAAGAGACUGUCUAGUGAUUCCGACGCGCGCUCUUCGUACAAAACAUCGCCACGGUCAGCGAAGACGCACUCCAUCUCUCCGUCCAUCUCGUCCAUCGUGCCUCCGUCGCUCUCAUCGCACUCACCCAGCCCCUCCGUCUCCUCGUCCAUUGUAACUCCCCGCAGCAGGAGCUCGAGCUUCCGCAACGCCGUCUACGUGAUGGGUGCCGGGGACACGAUGACGAAUGUGACGGAUGCUGGUGAGCCGCAGCCGCACAAGGGUACGCCCUCGUCGGUCCUGCGCAACGUGUAUGACCUGGAUGAGGAGCCCGUGGAAUGGCCUACGAGGCCUCGUGCAGUGCCAGAGGAUGAUACCCCACGUCAGAGCCUUGACUCCGACGAUCCGGCGUCCUCCCCUCGACGGAUGACGCAGUCACCCCGCGCUGGGAACAGCCGUGGGCUGCCAACUUCCCCGAGGCCGGCGCACGCGCAGGUAUCGCCACCCCUGCAGGCUGCAGAGCUGAACUGGCCCCUGCCGCCACCUUCAGCCCCUCUCGCUUCUGCGCAACCUCCUGCGCAACGUGCUCCGGCGCGCCCUCCUCGUCCGCAGACUCUGAAGAUAGACGACAGCCUUAUAGACAAGGAUGUCCUGACUCUAUCCCCUGCUCUGCGGCGCAUGGACUCUCCGUCGAUCAAGCUAUCCACACCGACCUUCGCGUCUACCCCACGCGCCGCUCUGCGAAGGCAGUCGGGCAGGCCUAGCGAGCCGAGCACACCCUCGCAGCUCGCGCCGUUACGCGAAAGCCCUCGCCUCGGUAGCCCCCGCCUCGGUAGCCGGGAGCCAACUCCCUCAUGCUACUCCGCUGAUCCCGUCGACCCGUUUGAGUUCGCGAGCAGGGCGACAGGCCGACAUUUCCGCCCCGAGUCGCUCGCGGAGGAUGAUGAGGCUGAUGCGCACGCGCCUAUCCCGAUUCCAAUUCAGCCGCUGCCCUCGCCGCUGGGCUUGCCGCCGCAAGAGGAGGAGCAGGAAGAGCACAUCGAGUUUCCUGCGGAGGCGGCCGCGUCAACGGAGGGGGAUUACAUGGAUGAGAUUGGGGACUCGUACUUUGAUUCGCCGAUGCAUUCACCUAUGCAUAGUCCGGCAAUCUCGAGAAAGUCCAGCAGGCAGUCGAUGGCAAGGAGUGCUCAGAGGUCGGCGCAGGGGCACUCCGACUCGUUGCGGUCGUUUCCCUCGCGGUGGAACGAUGACGAGCUCCCGUCACCCUCGACCUCAUACUCGAAUCACCACCACCGUCUUGCAUCGCAGCCAACGCAGCCGGAACAGCCGCCGCCCUCGUCGAGGAGCGUGCGCAAUACGUUCUCCCUCAGCGACAUGAAGACCUCCUCCGUGACUCGCCCUUCAAUGCGCCCACGUGCGUCGACUUCGAAGCUCGUGAAGGGGCCGCGCCAGACACUGGCAAAGAAACCCAUGUCCCCUCCCAUCUUCGACCAGGACGCCGAGGACUACGUGGCACCCCUGCCUCCCUCCCGCCUCAACUCACGCCCAUCGACCGCUUCCAGCAAGAACCGCGGUGAGCCGCCAGUAUCACCAGCGAUCUCAUACGUGCCAUCAGCGGCCUCCCACUCCAUCCCGCCGUCGCCCUUCUCGAUUACGACUUCGCUAGCCAGCCGCUCGUCCGGGCCGUCUACGCCGCACUCGAUCUUCGAGGACCACGGCGAACGCCCGAAGACACGCGAGCGUAGCAACACGCUGGAGAAGUUUAAGAACGCCGUCCGCGCGCGGAAGCGCUCGCUCAUCGCGAGCGCUAACGACACCAUGAAGCUCCCAGGAGAUCUGCCUCCGCCGCCGAAGAGCGCGAAGGAUCCUGUAUCCUCCCAGUGGUACGCGGACGACGAUGAUCAGAAAAACUGGCUAUCCAGCCUGCGCAAAAUCGGCCGCAACAACAAGAGCUCUGUGUGGUCAUGA